AUGCAAUUUAAUUUCCUCUUUCUGCUGAUAUUCUUCUUGAUCUCCGUCGAAUCCGCCCCUAUCGACCCGUAUCCGGCUUACAACUACGCCCUGGGAUCCUACCAACAAGCCAACGGAUAUCCUUACUCGGCCGUCAAAAGUGCCGACGGUUUCUACGCUUCUUGCGGUGGCAGCGCCGCCGUCUGGGGAUGCUGAUUUCGAUUUCCUUCUCAAUAUAACUUGGAUCUCAGUUUUGUAAAGGUAGACUGUGGAUAAAUGUAUUUAUUUUGAUUUUUCUAGCCUCAUUAGCAGUGAAAAUCGAGCUCGAUAUUUGAAAAAAAUUUAAAAAAAGCUACGGGGGAACUUGAAUUGGAUUGAGAAAUUGAUUGGUCAUUUUGCUUUUUUUCUAUUGGAUGCCUUGAAGCUUUUUUUCAUAAAAAUUUCUAUGAUUUUUUUGAAGCUUUUUUUAAAAAAAGUUUUUCCCCAAUUCCAAAGGGAAAGGCAUUGUACGAUGAACACGCUGAAAAAAAGGCGGUCGGUUCGGUUUUUAAAUUUCUAUUUUUUUCAAGUUUCUCAAUUUUUUUCAUUUUUGCCCGAAAUGCAUCAAAGAAUACUAUUUCGCAUUCAACAUAUUUUAAUUUCUCGUGAAAUUAAAAAUUUAACUCAACAUUUAUUGUAAAAAACACAAAGUCCUUUUUGGAGCGCCAAUAUUUGGUUUUUGAUUCAGAUAUAAUUUUGAUAUUUGCGAAAAAGUACUUCGAACGUGGCAUGUGCGACAGCACGGCGGUGCAUGCACACGACAUAUUACACUUUACGGAAAACUUAUGGGCGGGGCGUCGCCAAAAAAACGGCGUGGCGAAGAGCAUCUCGCUUUUUUUGUUGUAGUGGUAGACGAUUUUGAGCCUUUUUACGAUGACUGCUUCACCAUAUAGAGACAGUACGACGCCCAGCUUGGGCAGGGCUGACGGGCGUCGGAUCAAAUCUCAGGCGAGAUUGGAAACUUCGGACACUAAACAAUUUUGAACUGAGAAACUUCAAAUUUUUAAAAAAAAUUACCACUAUAAAAAAAAACGACUCAUUUGACAUUUUUUUACCAAAAGAUUAACAAGAAAGUUUCGUUUUUCUUCACAUCAUUGCACUGUUACAGCUUUCAUGAGUAGAAACGGAAAAUAUUCAAUUUUAGAGUUUUCCAGUUCGAAAAAUAUUUCCGCGGGUUCAAAAGAAGUAGAAGCUCAUUCCAUGAAGGUCUCGAGACGAAGAGCCGUUCCUGACCUCAACCAAAACUUUUGCGCCUUCAAAACAUUCAGAAAGACCAUUCAAGCAAGCGGAAAAGAUAUUCACUAUCAUAUGAAAAUUCCAAAAACGCCUUAAUAAGAAAUUAAAAAAAAAAGAACUAUAGCUGAUUCACGGCCAACUUGGGACGCUGAGGGGGCGUGGUCUAUCUGCGCUCUCCACGAGCCAGGCACUAUCUCGUGCAUUGUCAAUAAAUUUUUCAAAAACAUUUUUAAAGGGUGUUGAACACAAAAAUGUUCUUUUUGGCAAUUUUUUUUCAAACUACAUUAUUUCGACUGAGUGAAAUAAGUUAGGUUUAUUUUUGUAUUCCGGCUACAGUAAUCCUUAAAAGGGGCGGAGCCUGUUCAACCCAUGACUGAAACCUUCAGAGACUUGUCUGGUUGAUAUGAUUAAAAAAUGAGCUCAAAAAACGAUUUUAAUUUUCCGUACCGAUCUCAAAGAACGGCGGGUAAACAUUAAUAAUGGAAAAUCGUCCGAAAAAAGGAUAUUUGUUUUUUCUGAACGUCAAAUGAUUUUCACACGGGCUACAGUGUCCCUCAUCCAAUCUUAGGUCAUUGUAGGCAACAGAAAAAAGCCGGUUCGAAAUCGAUGCGGGGAAGAUGACAAAAGUUUUGCAGCGCUGUUGAUUUGA